AGAAAAGCCCAUUCCCCCACUCUAUAUAUAGACAAACAUCUCCAUCCCCCAUUCCUCUCUUUCAAUCUUAGAAGACACAAAGAGGAAAAACAAGAUGAACCCUCUCGUGUUUCUACUUCUUGCUCUGGUGACUCUUCCUGCCCUAGCACAAGCCGAUGAUAUCGACUUCUUAUGCUCGAAAACGCCCUUCCCUGCCGUGUGCGCCUCAACUCUCCGGGCUGAUCCCAAGAGUAAGGGCGCCACUACCCUGAAGCUGGGCUUAAUCGUGGUGGCCAAGGUGGAGAGCAUCGUGAAGGUCGCCUUGAAGAAGGUCAAGAGUAGCCAACAUUCUGCCAUGGAUCCGAACCUGAAGUCAGCCCUCACGAAUUGCGCCUCUCGCUACCAUGCGAUCUUGAUAGGGGAUGUGGUGGCCUCGAGGGAGUCCCUCACUAAGGGUGAUUACAAGUUCGCUGAGGAAUACAUGACCGAUGCCUCAAUCGAACUGGGUUUGUGCGAGGAGGGGUUCCCACCGAGGCAGUCAUCGCCGGUCAAGCGGGAGAACAACUCCAUGAAGCAGCUGGCAGAGGUCGCAGCGGCCAUCUCUCGUACGCUGCUCUAAGUAAUAGCAGUUGUACUAACUUGCUAGUACUGCGUAUAAUUAACAUAAAUACUUCGCAGAGAAAUGUUGAUCUAAUGGAGUCAUUUGCAUGUAGUGAGACAAAUGAAUGCUAAAUAAUUGACAGAAAUAUAAGUUAUUGUACCGAAGGUAUUACAUUGCCCGAAGUUAAGGCAACUCUAUAUAUAUA